AAAUAAUAAUAAUUGUAUGCCGUCUAUAUUCUUUAUAAAGGUUGAACCAGCGGUAGCUCAUGUCAGGAGAGUACAAUAUACGGUCACAGUGGUCAUUCCAAGAUAAUCAUUCUCCAAGUUUGGACUAGAAUUCACUCCGUGAUUUUAGUGUCUCACACUCGGAAUUUGUACGUUGUACAAAGAUGCACAAUGAAUUAUUACUGGUGUUUUGGUCCUUAAAUUGCCUGUCCUUGGCGCGUCACAAUCAGCUGACUUUUUAUUUUUUUAUUAGGCAACGCAGGCUCAAUGAGUGCCCACCUUUAGUAUUAAUUUACUGCUAAACAGUGUUUUAGCAGCUAGCUCAUAGUGGGCCGUUGGUGUCUACAUUACAAACAGCUACAUGAUGUAAGUGCCGGUCCUUUUUCGUUCCUCCUUCGAAAUCGAUAGAAACUGAACAAUUUCGGAGAGACUGUAAUGUUACAAGGAACUUCAUCCCAGAUCAACAUCUACUCAGCAGGUUAGAACUGAACAACGAGAAGAAUUAAAACACCAGCUCUCUUUCAUGAUGCGUAACUUAGUUAUUUGACCUUCAAGUUAUCUUCAAAGCACUCGGAAUUGACUGUUUUCUCUAAUUACAGCACCUGGACAGAUCUAACAACAUGGGAGGCCUGUUUUCCGGAUCACAAUCAUGCCAGGCGAAUACCGACGCCACUGCCUUCCAGAUAAUUUAUGAUGCAAUUACAACAAAUCAAGUUGUGAUCUUUUCCAAAACAACAUGCCCUUACUGUGAUAUUGUAAAGAACAUAUUUACAGAACUGGGCAUUCCUUACAGAGCAAUUGAAUUAGAUCUCCGGCGUGAUGGAGUGCAUCUCCAGCGUAUUCUUAUAGAAAUGACAGGCAUAAAAACAGUCCCAAAAGUGUUUAUAAAUGGAACAUGCAUUGGUGGUGGGGCAGACACGAUUUUACUCCAUUCCAAAGGUAGACUGUUGGACCUGGUAAAUCAGCAUAAUUCUAAUUCUGUCAUAGAAGGAGUCUGCAUUCUUCUUUGAUACCAUUCUUUGUUCAUCAUUGCUCGCAGAAUAAACUAGUAAAUUAAAAUUCAUCCACUUGGACUUUUGUUCAUAAACCAUGGAAACAAUGGUUUCUGAAUCUAGUUUGUAGGCCUAUCACUUAGUCUCUUACCAACUAAGACCAUAAGAUAUAGGAGCAGAAUUAGGCCAUUUGGCCAAUCAAUUCUGCAUCACCAUUUCAUCGUGGCUGAUCCAAUUUUCCUCUCAGACCCAAUCUUCUGCCUUCUCCCCAUGUCCCUUCAUGACCAAUCAAGAAUCUAUCAAUCUGUCUUAAAUGUACAAAAGGACUUGGCCUCCACAGCUGCCUGUGGCAAAGAAUUCCACAGAUUCACCAGUCUAUAGUUAAAGAAAUUCCUCCUCACCUCUGUUCUAAAAAGAUGCCUCUCUAUUCUGAGGCUGUGUCCUCUGGUCUUAGACUUUCCCUCCAUAGGAAACAUCCUCCUCUGCAUCCACUCUGUCAAGGCCUUUCACUAUUCAAUUGGUUUCAACAAGGUCACCCUCAUUCUUCUUAAUUCUUGUGAAUACAGGCCUGGAGCCAUCAAAUGCUCUUCAUAUGACAAGCCAUAAGACCAUAAAACAGAGAGCAGAAUUAAAUCAUUUGGCCUACUCCACCAUUCAAUCAUGUUUAAUCAUCCCUUCUUCCACCCCAUUUCCUGACCUUCUCCCUGUAACCUUUCAUGCCAUGUUCAAUCAAGAACCUAUCAAUCUCUGCCUUUGGUAUACCCAAAAACCGGUCCUCCACAGCUGUCUGUGCUAACAAAUUUCACAAAUUCGCCACCCUCUGCUAAAGAUAUUUCUCCCUAUCUCUGUUUUAAAUGGAUGCCCCCUUAUCCUGUGGCUGUACCCUCUUGUCCUGGACUCUCCCACUAUGGGAAACAUCCUUUCCACAUCUACUCUGUCUAGGCCUAUUAAUUACAAAAUAAAUAUACCCUAUCCACGUUAUAUGCGUCUUCAGACAAAGUAGAUCCAGUUAUGCAAGGAACCUAUUUUUCUCACCAAUACAAGUGUGUGCGCCUCACAAUCUCGCUCCCGCCAGUCUCGCAUUGAUUUUGGCAAGGUGUGGAUGUGAGAUUUUGCGCUCAGUCUUUUGUUGGUUUUACCUACGAUGCAGUGAUUUUGUGCUUGAAAUAUUUAACUAUGCCAUCUAAGCAUCUGAUGUCAUGUCCUGGGCCAUUAGCCAAGCGGCAGAGAACUGCUUUAACUCUUGAAAAAAAGUCAGAAAUUAUAAAUAGUGCGGCAUCAGGUGAAGGUUAACACAGCUCUGGGACGCUACUGCCGGGAAUGGAGUUUUAAAGUUCUUUUGUUGCUUGACAAUGCACCAGCCCAUCCUAAACAUUUGGACAGCAUUCAUCCUAACAGUGUGUUUCCUGCCACCUAACACAUCAUCGCUGAGUCAACCACUCGACCAAGGUUUUUUUUUUACGGCGAACUAUCUCUCAGAUGCUGCAAGCAACAGACGAUUUCGAAAAUCCUGGGAGUUUACCAAUGGUGAGCGAAUGGUGGAAGUCAGAACACUUGGCACAAAUGGCUUUGGACACGGACCCAAGUUUAGAACGGAGUCAGCACUUCAGUCGUUCCCUGCCAUCAACCCUACUUCCCUACAAGCAAAUUUACGCUGAAAAACAAAAUGCUGCCAAGCAAACAACCCUCAUCACUUUCUUCAAACCGGUGUCAUCUCCUGCUGCCAGCAGUUCUAAGAGUUCUGUGAGUCUUCCUUCAUUUCUUGUUGUGCUUGAUAUGAUCCUGAUGACCACAACCAUCUACCUUAUCCACGUAAAACUGACCGACACCACUGCACAAGCACUCACCUCCUGGAGCAAACACACCUGCCACUGUUGGUGAGUACUGUACACCCUAGUAUGUUAACUUUCUAUGAUUUAUUAUAUUGACUAUUACCUUGAAAUAUAAUACAAAUGUUGCCUUGUGGUACUGCUUUUGUGUCGUAUUGGUAUGAAAAUGUGAAUAAAUUACAGAUAAAACAUACUCAGGAAGCCCUCUGGAAAGCAUCCCUAUUUUCUCCAUUUAAAUAACUAUUCACAUUAUGCGUUGACUGCGAGAAACGUAUCCCCCACAUAUAACGAGGAUAGGGUGUGGUGCAAAAGAAAAUGAAUAAAAAGUUAGUGUUCAUGGGAUCAUGAACUAUUAAAAAAUCCAGUGGCAGAGGAGAAAAAUGUUUCUCCAUUGUUUAAUGUUGGUCUUCAGGCUCCUCCACCUCCUCCCUAAUGGUAGUAACAAGAAGAGGCCAUGCCCUGUAUGAUGAGAGUCUCUACUGUUGGAUGUCUCCUUCUUAAGGCAUCUAAACGUAAGUCAUGAAAUGUGUUUUACUGCAGCACUAUGGUGCAAAACAUAAAAAUUACUAUAUUGUAAAACAAAGGGCUUCUGCACAAGACCAGUAACAAGGUAGUACUGAAGGGUUCGUGGACCACUCAGAAAUCUGAUGGCAGAGGGGCAGGAGAUAUUCCUAAAACAUUGAGUGUAGAUCAUCAGGGUCUUGCACUUCUUCCCCAAUGGCAGUAAUGUCAUGUUCCAGAUGUUGAGAGUAUUUAAUGAUGGAUGCCGCCUUCUUGAGACACUGUCUCUGGAAGAUGCCCUUGACGGAAGGGAGAGUUGUGCCUGUGAUGGAAAUGGGUAAAUCCUCUGCAACCUCUUGCGAUAUUGUCUAUCAGAGGCUCCAUACUAAGGUGUAAUACAACUACACUCAGACCCUGCUUAGCGCUGAGAAUGUGUUCCUCUGAGGUGGAGCGCUAUGUAAAUCAAUGCUAUGCAGGGUCAUUAUAACAUUACAUAAAAAGAUAUGUUUAUGAUUUUCAAAUAAAAUCAAACCUGACCAGGCUAUGGGCCCUCCUCUUAACUUUGGCUUCUUCUUCAAGUAGGCAUUGAGAUUUGGCUGCCUGUUCUCAAGUUUCCUCUUAUGAAGCAGGAAAUCAUGUUGAGAACGCCUUUCUUUGCCUUGUGGCUCUGCUCCUGGUCAGGGUCAUUACUUUUGUGAUCUUGGUGAUGCUAGUACUGAGUGCUGAGGAAUUUUGUGGUGAGGUUUCUUGCUUCCUCAUUCAUGUCCUCAGAUUCACACAGGAGUGUUGCUCUACCAAUACUCCAAGCUCUUCGUUAUUAAGGCUCUCACCAUGAGAACACAGUUUCACAUCCAUGCUUAUGCUUUUCCUAGACAUCUUAGACAUACUACCCUCAUUGGAUGUUGUAGACCAUUUUCCAGAGAUUAUGGAUGGGAAAAAAUGGAAUAAUUUGGCAAGGAAGCAAGAAUGUUUACACAUGCAGGAAAGGCAGAGUAUGAACAAAUGUAAUUGGCUGUGUGCGGCCCACAGCCAUUCAAUUCUGGAAUCAUCUUCGUGAAUCCCCUUUAAACACUCUGCAGUUUCAGAACAUCCUUUCUAAGUUAAGCAGCACAAAACUGCUCACGAGGCUCACCAGUGCUUUAUAAAGUGUCAGGAGCUUUAUAAAGAGAUUUAUCCAUCAAAAUGACCUGUUUUAUGAACGUCUCAAUUUAGUGCUGCUGCAAAACAA